AUGCAGGCCCAAGCACGCUCCCGCAAGCGUGCGGCCGACGGCAGUGCCCAGGACGCGACAUAUCCGUACUCGCAGCAGAUCCAAGACGCUUCCUUCGGCGUCAACGACCCUCUGGCGCAAUACCGCAACCCUCUUCCGAACGACGUAUCCAAUGCCUUUCCCGACUUUCCACCCUACGACAACUCGACCAACAACGCGAAUACCGGUGCCAACUUUUUCCCCGCCCAAGUCCCGACGACUCAGGCGUCCGCUUACGGUCAACCUGUCGCUCCUCCUUCGAAUCAGCUUGUACGCAGGAACACCAAUCAGCAAGUGGCUCGCACACCUCAAAGAAACCAAUGGAGUAACUUUGGCAACCCGACCGACCGUGUAUGGGAGGACAUGGAGCAUGAAGAAGAGCAGGACCUGGACCAGAAGGCUGCCAUCGCGAANAAAGACGCCCAGGCCAAACGGAAACAAAUUCCUCCAUUCGUACAAAAGCUCAGCAGGUACGUUUGUCAAACACCUCCUGACCCUCUACCUCAAUAA